GUACUUACAUCGCAAAAUACUAGCACGUAGUUUGCAAAAGCGCAAAAAAAAUUACCAUUUUUUCUUGCCUCAGUCAUACACGGUUCAUAUAAUAUUAGGCAUAAAGUCCCGUAGGUGUCUGUAAUAUGUUGACCUUUACAGCUGAUUCUGCACUAAAGUUUUGUACAGUAUUUAAAAAAAUCUUGCGGUGUGAAAAUAAUCUAAACAUGUUAUUCGCUAUAAUGGAAAAUGAUUAAUCGUAACCAAAACAGAGACUGCACCUCUUUCAAGCUUUGGUCUCGUUUAUUUUUGAAGGCGCAAUGCAAAUUUUUACGGAAUUAGCAUUGUUACUGAGCAGAAGCACACGCUUGAUUUAUGCUAUAAAUUUGAUUACAAGCUGAAUGCCAUAAAAUAAAAAUGCUCUUAAUGCUCUCCCGUUUAUGUCGGGAACCGCUUUCUGGAAAUGUCAUCCUUUUGAUAUUUAAACUGUUGUAUGGCUUUAUUGGCUUGCAAUUGAAGUCUUCUAUCGCACAAUCCAUUGAAAAUAAUACUGAUGUGCAAAAUCUGACUUUGAUAUUUCCUGCGCUUCCAGCAAGCCACCCGUCGGAGUUAAAAACUGAUUCAACAAACCAAAGUGGCAUUCGGCACUGGUAUCAAAUGGAAAGGUCAUUUAUGGAUAUCGUACAACCACAAAAACUGACUAUUGAGGGGAUGGUUGAGGCGUACAAAGGUAUCACACAAAAUUCCGAUUUCGUCGGGUAUCUGAAAAAGCCGGAAGUGAUGGGUUUAGUGGUCUUCCUAUCCAUUGGUGUCAUCUAUGUCAUUGUUAUGCUGUUGGGAUGUGUUUUCUAUGUCAGUUACCGAUGCUGCUGCCGUAAAGGAAGACUUAAGUACUAUCCCGACGGACAGCGGAAAAAGCGGGGAUCCCUCAGCUUAGGAAUUUGGAUGUGCGGCAUUCUUACAUUUUGCGGUCUUGUUCUGGUGUACCUUUCCGGUAACGAUCUAGCGUAUGGACUGGAUAUUUCACAAGAUAUUAUUGACGGGGUUAUCGUUGACAUGCGCAAUAUGAUGAACGAUACCAACAUCCAAAUUCAGUUCAUUACAAAAGAAGGUUUCGAUGUUGCGCAUGGGAACGUGUCUAAAGACUUAAACGCGAUUGGUUCGAUAAUCUACGCCCCUUUUAAGGAAAACCUUAAAACUCUGGGAGUUGUCAGUGAACUACGCCAAAUAGGAUUAUUUGAGCAAUUGAAUAAUGCCAUGUUGGGGCAAGUGAUACUCGUACAACAAGCCGCCAGGGAUCUGCAGGGUCAGAAGAACGCUAUCAACAGCCAGCUGAACAAAAUCUGGAGCGAUCUCAUAACAGCAUGCAACGCACAGUCUAAUCCACCCGCACCGGUAUCAUGUCAGACAGCGCCUGGUGCUUUAAUCACCGAAAUAUUCGUGGAUAACACGUUUAUACCGGUGACACUUCCGCUUCUGCAAACCGGACUGGAAUCCGUGCAGCAAGCCAACCUUACUAAACGUAUGCAAGAUGCGUUUACCGAAAUUGACACGAUACCCCAGCUUGUCACUACGCAAACUGCGCAAUCACGGCAAGAUAUUGAAACAUCCAUGACCAAUUUGCACGACGAUUUGGACGACUAUUUGCAACCGAUAGAGGGCAUGACGAGCUCUAUGAUGCGGAUCCUGGAUGAUGCUCGAGCCACCGCACACUCGUUCACAGACAUUCCAAAAACAUAUGGACCAUACAUAUCGACCGCAGGAAGCGUUAUCGCCAGUUGGUUUUUGCUGAUCACCCUGUUAUACGUUACCGGAAGUAUUUUGGGAGCUUGGAAGUUCGAUCGCACGGUACUGCCUACUGACCGCAAGGGAUGGGUGGUUCUGGCGGGAAAUUUGUUGUUCGUGGCAGUGCAUUUGAUGUUGUAUUUGGCCUGGCUGCUGAUGUUGCUGACGGUCUUACUAAUGGUUCUUGGAACUCAGAUUGAUGAAGUCUUAUGUCCUAUCCUGGAGAGCGAGAAAACUCAAUUUGUACAACUCGAUCAGACAUUGGAAAGUGUCAAUCAGUCCUUAACCCCUGUCAACCUGGAUCUUGGAGGAAAAACAUUAAAAGUGGCGCCACUUUUGUCUAGCUGUAAGGACAACACCCCAAUGUACACAGCCAUGGACAUGAAGGAUCUGUUCGAUGUUACGAGUCUACAAGAUCGCACAAAAAAAUUCGACAUCGACAAGAAAAUGUCUAACCUGCGGGUGGAUUUAACGAAAAUAAAGGUCUUCGAUAGCGACACCGAAAAGGUCAUCGAGGACGGCUUGCAGGCUACGGCUGAACUGCAGCAGCCGAUGGACGAAUACCUUAAAACAGAUAUUGGGACAGGAUAUCUGCUGAAUCCCCAAAGUCCGACACUGACGGAUUUUGCAAAUCAAUUGAGGAGCGAAUACUACAGCACGCUGCCACAGGAUGAUGCUGCUAAAUUUGAAGACGUAGUCAACCAAUGUCGGACCUUGGCAGUAUCUAUCACUCAGACCCAAACUUCCCGGGAUAUUUUGCGAAAAAAAAUCGGGACUUUAAAUGAUACAACUCGAAGUUACAUAGCACAAGGUAAAUCAGCAAAAGCCGGUGGAAGAGGAGCUCAGGACUUUUUUGCAAAACCUGCCGAACAGGGAACGCCUAAGACCAGCGCCACCGCUUUGAUUUUACAGUUAUGUCAAAAUUUUGGCCGUCGGAUCAACAAUUACAUGCAACAAUAUAUGCGAUUCGUGAUUUUUUCGGUGCAAAGUAAUAUCGGUCUUUGCAAGCCAGUUUACACCGCCUUUCAUGCAUUUGUUGGACUGCUUUGUGGAUCAAUUAUCCAACCAAUUAAUGGUGUGUGGUUCGCGAUCGGACUUUGUUUGGCAUUGCAUAUCCCGCUUUUAUUCAUGAAUGUCCGUCUUGCACGGUUCUACCUUCGAGCAAAAGCACUAGACGUGCCUAAAGAGCCUAAGCUCCAGGUUCAACCUCCCAUUGCGCUCUAGUUCCAGAAUCCAGAAGUGCGGACUCUGAUUGAUCAAUUAGUGAACACACUCGCCCACCGGCAUCCGGCUACGGUUAAACCUAAUGUUUGACGGAACAUUGGCAGUAACCGGUAAAACCGAAAGCACUAUCCUUUGUUUACCGUACACCGGAGCCGUGCAACAAAAGAACACCAAUAUUGUUUUAUUAGCAGUAUAACGACUUUUCACAGGUCGAGCUCGAAUUUCCAACACCAGCUGUUUGUAUAUAUUCGUCUGCAUUUCUAAUGAACUUUGGUGUUUGCUUAAAGAAUUGUUGUCGCUCAUGUCUUGUAGCGACAAAAGAAAGAGAUUAAUAUUUAUGAGAACCGUAUAAACUCCGUACGCAAUGGUCAUACAUAUUAUUAAAUUACCAUGCAUGAUCGAUACUUAUUUCUACAAACCAAAAUCUCUGUGUAGAUGUGUUAGAGAAGACUAAACAGAUAUUUUUACCUUUUGCUAUGCAUACACGCACAGCUGGAUGUGCUCAGCAGUUCUAAUUUUUUGUGUAUUCAGUACUUUAUUCACUUUACGUACAAGCACUAUUAAUAAUUAAUAUCAUUUACUUAAUUUACUAUUAAUAAUUAAUAUCAUUAUUACUGACUCCUUGACUGAUACGCGCUGAUUCCGCAGACGUUGCUUUAAUAUCGUGUAUAGUACUCAUGGCUUUUGCACUGCGAGAUGUAAGCAGUCACAAUUUUGAUAUUCCCGGGAAUGGACCAUCGCCGGCUUACUCCUCUACCACGGCUGUGCAUUUGCAGUUGAUUGCACUUUUCGAGAUUGUUACCGCAUUUGUGACCCUGGCGCUGCAAAUUUUAGUAGUCAAGGUGAGUCAUGCCCACAGCUCUGCCGGGAUGGAUCAGUUCGGCGCGGGAUUAUGGGGAAAUGUGUUGUUUUUUGUGAACGCUGCUUUCACCAUUCGACAAUCCAAACUUCUUCCCGGUUGGAGCUUCAGCAAGAAAAGCGUUCUAUACGUCGGCUUUGUAAUCUUCAACAUGCUGUGUGCCGGUUUUGCAGCAGUUGUGGUCUUCCUUCUGGGAACACAGACCAGCUGUAAAGAUCUCUCGUCAUCGACUGCGAACGACUGUCUCCCGGGAAAAAACCAAAGUGAUCACAACACUUCUGCAUACGUUGCGGAAUACCUUCAAGUUUUCUCUAAUGCUUUAAUUUUUAGUUUUUUAUGCCAGCUGCUUUUGAUUACCCUCAGUAUGAUGAAUGUUUGCACCUACGGACACAAAAGGUCAACCUUUGCAGAUAUAUGUUAUAAACUAAUUACUAGACUCAAAAUUCGCAAGAUUUAUUUUGUUUCGAAUCUUGGGUCUGACACUCGAGAACCGGAGCAGAAAUUUUGUUCGCAUUUGAACGAAUAGAAAGUGAGUGAUGCACUUUUCUG